UCGUGUGCAGUUCAGUCAUCGGUCAUCAGUGUACGUUACGACGCCGCAGUUGCAAACAAAGAACGAUAACAUCCACUGCAGCCAGCGAUCUUCGUGACGAGUGAAAAUAUUACGUAACUCUUUCUUCGACGUGUUCAAGUGCGAAAGUGCAUAUCGACGAUGGCCGAGGACGACCAAAAGUGUUUCAAAAAAUUGCAACUUCUGCGUGCAACGCUCGAUUGGGACAUCGGCAACGAGCGACGCGAAUUCUUCGAGCAGUUUUAUUCUCUGAUCGAUGAUUGGGAGGGCCCAUUGCCGAAUCUCCGUGACAUCUUCGACGAGAACGAGAUCGAGUAUCUACUCACCGAGUGCGCGAAUUCGUCGGACAACGUGUUCGAGCCGGAUCCGCUCGUCGAGUUCUUGAUCAAGACCGGCUACAAGGACGAGCCCAAGCUCGACGAAGCGGGAAAGCCGCAGCUGCUGCGGCGCACCACACCGGUGCAUCGCGCGGUCGGCUGGGACUGGAAGUACUACGUCACGCGGCUCUUUCGCAUUUACGACAGAUUCGACGCGAACUACGUGGACGACGAGUCCGGCUUGACGCACUUCCACGUGGCCUGCGAGUACGGCUGCGUGGGCAUCGUUAAAAAAUUCCUCGAGCACGGCCUGGAUCCGAAUUGCCGUAACGCGAGCUCGAAGGUCGAUCCGCCGCUUCACCUGGCCUUGAAGAACAAACACUUGAAGAUUUUCGAACUGCUACUGGAAAACGGGGCGGAUCCGAAUCUAGCCGGAACGAGAGGAUCGACGGCUUUGCACGUCAUUUGUGAAAAGUACGAUAUCGAGAUGAUGGAAAAACUCUUCGAAAUACAGAAGCGCAAAAAUAAAAAGGUGCUGGUCGACGCUCAAGACGAGUGCGGCAAUACACCGCUUCACGUGAUUCUGAAGAAAGGAGAGGACUACCGAAAGGAGGCCGUGUUCCUGCUGAAAAACGGCGCGAGUCCGUACGUGGCCAACGAGCACGGAACGACGGCUCUGCACGUGGCCUGCAAGGACAAGGACGACGCGCACGGCUCGUUGCGGGCGAUAAUGAAGCACUGCGCCGAGAGAUACCAGCCGCUGCGAGUCGACGCCCAGGACGGCAACGGCGACACGCCGCUUCAUCUGGCUCUGAAGAACGGCCUCGGCGAGGUGGCCGAGCUACUGCUGCGUUGCGGCGCCGAUCCCGGCCUGGCCAACGAGCACGGAUCCACCGCGCUGCACGUCGUCUGCCAGCAAGAGCAAGUUCGCAGCUUGCUGAACAUGAUGUUCUCGUGCGAUCGCGAACCCGACCACGACGACGGCUUGAUGGAGCUCGUCUUCAAGAUAUGCGACCUGAAACGUCGGCCGGUGCGCGUGAACGCGCAGGACGAGGCGGGCAACGGCCCGCUGCACCUGGCGCUGGAGCACGGCUACCUGGACAAGGUCGAGCUGCUGCUGAAGCGAGGCGCCGAUCGCAACUUGGCCAACGGCGAGGGCUCGACGCCUCUGCACGUCGUCUGCAAGAGGAAAGCCGUGCGACAGCAUCAGCACGAGUGGGCCGUGAAAUUGGCGACCGCGUUGUUCGAGACGACGAGGAGCGACGGUGAUCGUAAACAGCAGGCGGUGCGCGUCAACGCCCGGGACAAUUCGGGUCGCACGCCGCUUCAGUGGGCCGUGGCGAGAAUCAUACCGGGUGUGGUCGACAUAGUACUGAAUCGCGGCGCCGACGUGUCCGGCUUCGCUUUCCCAACCGAGGAUUUCGUCACCUUUUACGAUUUGCUGAUCGACAACUACGGGACCAGAUUCAUGCCGAAUGCGUCGUUCUACGCGCUGAGAGUCAUCCACCAGGUGGAGAAGCGGAUACGCAAGCUGGACCAGGGCGACAGCCUGAAGAUCGCGAGAAAGUUCGCCGAGCACGGACUGAUGGACCGGAAGGUGAAUUUCGCCGAGUGUCUGCGCCGCAACGAGGAUUUCGCGAGCCUCGUGAAGAAGCAGCUGGCGGCCGCGGGUCUGUCGCUCCGGUCGCGGCGCUUGCCCCUGCCGGCCGACAAGGCCGAGAAGGUGUUCGCGCUCGAAGACUUCGACGAGUGGUUCGCGUUCCAGGUGACGCUCGACUGCGAGGACGAUAAUGCCGGUACUCAUCCGGACUGCGUCGCCUACCUGUGCCAGACGGCCUUGGGGGCGUUUCUGCGCCGAUGGGCUCUGGACUUUUUCCUGGCACUGACGCGCUACCGGUUGCCGGUUCUCUGCUGCGAGAAGAUCAUCGGGCCGCUGCGGGCCAAGGACUUGUGGAACAUUUGUCUGGCGGUGACGGAGAAAAGCCGUAAACACAAGCCUAGUCAUUCAAAUCAUCAACAUCAAACUGGCUUUAUGUGCAAGACCCAGUAAUAAAAUAGUAGCUGUAAUAUGUUUGAUUCGUUUGAAGUUUAUGU